UGUGAACUGGGCGUGUUGCGAGUGGUCUCCCAGAGCGGCGGGACCCGGGGCAGGGACUAUUGCAUCCUCUACAACCCACAGUGGGCCCACCUGCCGCACGACCUCAGCAAGGUGUCUCUCCUGAAGCUUCGAGACUUAAGCUCGACACAGCUCUGUUCCUACCGUGACCUUCCUGUGGACCUGACCAACCAAGUCGCGCUGGUGGCCCGGGGCAACUGUACCUUCUACGAGAAAGUGCGGCUGGCCCAGGGCAGCGGGGCGCGCGCGCUGCUGGUUGUCAGCAAGGAGAAGCUGGUCCCUCCGGGAGGCAACAAGACGCAGUACGAGGAGAUCAGCAUCCCCGUGGCCCUGCUUAGUCACAGGGACCUGCAGGACAUCUUCCAGCGCUUCGGCCAUGCGGUGAUGGUGGCACUGUACGCGCCCAGCGAGCCAGUGAUGGACUACAACAUGGUCAUCAUCUUUGUCAUGGCCGUGGGCACCGUCGCCCUCGGCGGCUACUGGGCCGGCAGCCGGGACGUGAAGAAAAGGUACAUGAAGCAUAAACGGGACGACGGGCCCGAGAAGCAGGAGGACGAGGCGGUGGACGUGACGCCCGUCAUGAUCUGCGUGUUCGUCGUCAUGUGCUGCUUCAUGCUGGUGCUGCUGUAUUACUUCUACGACCACCUGGUCUACGUGAUCAUCGGCAUCUUCUGCCUGGCCUCCUCCACCGGGCUCUACAGCUGCCUGGCGCCCUGCGUGCGCAAGCUGCCCUUCUGCACGUGCCGGGUCCCCGACAACAACCUGCCGUACUUCCACAAGCGCCCGCAGGCCCGCACGCUGCUGCUGGCGCUCUUCUGCGUCACUGUCACCGUCGUGUGGGGCGUCUUCCGGAACGAGGACCAGUGGGCCUGGGUCCUGCAGGACAUCCUGGGCAUCGCCUUCUGCCUGUACAUGCUGAAGACCAUCCGCCUGCCCACUUUCAAGGCUUGCACACUGCUGCUCUUGGUGCUGUUCAUCUACGACGUCUUCUUCGUGUUCAUCACCCCGUUCCUGACCAAGAGUGGGAACAGCAUCAUGGUGGAGGUGGCCACCGGGCCCUCAAACUCAUCCACCCACGAGAAGCUGCCCAUGGUGCUGAAGGUGCCCAGGCUGAACACCUCGCCUCUGUCCCUGUGUGACCGGCCCUUCUCACUCCUGGGCUUUGGAGACAUCUUGGUGCCAGGGCUGCUGGUGGCUUACUGCCACAGGUUCGACAUCCAGGUGCAGUCGUCCAGGAUCUACUUCGUGGCCUGCACCAUUGCCUACGGCCUGGGUCUGCUGGUGACGUUCGUGGCUCUGGUCCUCAUGCAGCGUGGCCAGCCCGCGCUGCUCUACCUGGUGCCCUGCACGCUGCUGACCAGCUGCACCGUGGCCCUCUGGCGCCGGGAACUGGGUGCCUUCUGGAACGGCAGCGGCUUUGCGAAGGACAUACCUCAGUCUUCAUGGGCUCCAACCGAGGGGCCUGCACCUGUGAGGGACUCAGAUGCUCCCCUCCCCCCGCAGCCACCAAGUGAAGAGCUGGCCAAGAAACCCCUGCCCACCGAGGAGGCAGCCAUGCCCACUGAGGAGGCAGCCAUACCUGAGGAGGCAGCCAUGCCCACUGAGGAGGCAGGAGCCGCAAACCCUGCCAGGGAUGGCGACAGCCCCACAAAUAGGGAGCAGGUCCAGCCCAGCAGCCCUGUGGUGCAGCCAGGGACUUUGGCCUAGGAAGAGGAGGCACAAGAUCUGGACCCUCAGCCUUCCAUGCCACACAGAUGCCGGCCACCUGGGACCUGCAGGGGACAGGGACAGCUGUCCCCCCACCCCCGGGCAGCAGAUCUGUGUCGUGGCCUCCUUAACAUGGUGCUCAGCCCCCGAGGCCUCGCGCUUCUCCCCCGCGGCGCCCAGCUCGGCUUUGCACCAGGCCGUGAGCUCCCCCGCCUCCCGCUCCGCUCCAUGCCAGGCUGCUGCCUCUGGUGCUUCGCCGCUGCCGCCGCCCCGCAGUCCCAGCCGGCCGCGCCGUCUUCCACAGGACAGGGCUCUGGGGCCCGAGCAGCAUCCCUGUGUGCAGGUUCAUGUUGGGAGCGGCCACGAGACCUGGCUGUGGGCACCCUGCCCAGGUCGACGGGAGUCCUUACCCCAUCAGGAGGGCCAUGCCGCGAUGGAGCGGAGGAUGCUGCCCACUGCUCCAGGCCAGUAAAUGGCUCUGGCUCUAGGUUCCGCGGUCCGCGGCAUGGCGGGAACCCACAGGCUUGAAGGGGUCCUGUCCCCAGCCGCUAGCCCUCAGCUCAGACCUGCAAGUCUUCCACACCACAGCCACUGCCCUCUGCUCCAGCGGUGGCGUCUGGACCUGGCGUCUGUCCUCUACCUCACCAGCCGGGCUCUGGACUCCACGACAGAUCUGCCUGCAGGGAACCCCCCCACAUGCUGCAUGUCACUGAGGUCCCCACUCGUGAGGGAGCCUGGGGCCUGUGUCCACUCACACAUGCAUGGAAAAGGGUGACAGGCAGUGGCAGCUGGGCAGUCCUGCUAGGGCUUGGGGAGGAGGACGGCCCCUGGGCACCCCUGUCCUGCCCGAGUGGACAGACGGGCACUGGGCCCAGCCACCUGCUUGUACCACUUGGACUGCGCCUUAACUUAAGCCAUUUUGUACCGGGAUCUCUGAGCUGGUCGCAGGGGCUCUGGGCAGUGCCGCCCGAGGGCCUGCUCUAGGUUGUCAGGGGAUUAAAGAGCUUUUCAUACUCA